UUUUGAAACAAUUUAUGUAAACAAACGUGCACAGCAAACUCAAAUGUAGUGGAAAAUUUUCUUGCAAGUGUUGAGAUUUUCUUUUUUAUUAAACGAUGGCUGGAAGGGGUAAAAGGAAAAAUGGGGACGAUAAUGGAUUUGCAGAGUGGGGGGGUUAUAUGGCAGCUAAAAUUUCUAAACUAGAAAAUCAGUAUUUGAAUGAACAAUUCAAUGAAGUACAAGAAGAUGAUAAACUAAGCAAUGUAUUUUCAAAUGUUGCAAUUUAUGUCAAUGGAUACACCAGUCCAACUGCAGAAGAACUGAAGCGCAUCAUGCUGGCCAAUGGAGGAGUUUACCACCAUUACUAUAAUUCAAAAACUACUACUCAUAUAAUUGCGUCCAACUUGUGCGGUGCUAAAAUCAAGAAACUCAAGGGUGACGAAAAAUUUGUCAAGCCAGAAUGGAUUGUUGAAAGUCUGAAAGCCAAUACGUUAUUGGAUGUGAAGCCCUAUUUGCUUUACACUGGUUUAACGUUAGACAAAGGGCAACAAAAGUUGGACAUUGCUUCAAUUCAGAAGAAAAAUGAUGACAAUCAAACAGCAAUAGAAAGGAAAAUUGAUGAAGCACAUUCCUCUGAACCAGUUCCACCUGGUGAUAUUACUAGACAUUCAAGAGAAAUGAAACGCGCAGGAGAAGACGAUUUUUUAUCUGAAUUUUACAAACGCUCAAGGCUUCACCACAUUUCCACAAUGGGAGCGUUAUUCAAAAGACAUGUGACUGAGCUUCGAGAGAAAAAUGAUGGUGUUUUUCCAGGCAUGGAAAGUAUUGAAAACUGGAAGAACUUGACUGGUUGCCUAGGAAACCACAAGUGUGAAGAAACUGUUUUCAUGCACAUUGACAUGGAUUGCUUCUUUGUCUCGGUUGGACUGCGCAACUAUCCAUCGUUGGUGGGUAAACCGGUUGUUGUGACCCAUGCAAGAGCUGACGCUAAACCGCUUCCAAGACGCGAAGGCAGCAAUCGAGAAUAUGAAUUUGAUUGCUAUAAAGAACAUUGGAUCAAAAAAUCGAAAUUUUCUGAAAAUAACAGCAAUGCUGUUGAUACGGUGGCUACGCUUUCAGAUGUUUUUCCACGACUUCAGGAUUUGGAUGAAACUUGUUCCAUGUCCGAAAUCGCUUCGUGUAGCUACGAAGCUCGCGCAGCUGGAAUUUAUAAUGGAAUGUUCAUGGGAGGUGCCUUGAAAUUAUGUCCUAAUCUGGUUGCCAUUCCUUACGAUUUUGAAGGAUACAAGGAGGUGUCCACUUCGCUGUACAAUACUGUUGCCGCGUACACUUUGGACUUGGAAGCCGUCAGCUGUGAUGAGUUGUACGCAGACAUUACCUCCGUUUUACGCCAAAGUGGACUCACGCCGGCCGAGUUUGCUACUCAUUUGAAAGAAGUCAUCUGUAAUAAGACACAGUGUAACGCCUCUGUCGGAAUGGGCCCGAAUAUGCUGAUGGCUAGGCUUGCAACCAAAAAAGCCAAACCGAACGGACUGUUUUAUAUCAACAAGAAAGACAUGAAUGAAUUUAUGAAGGACCACAAAAUAGAAGAUCUGCCGGGUGUGGGAAGGUCCAUGGCUCAUCGACUUCAUGGCAUGGGCGUUCGCACUUGUGUUGAAAUGCAGCAAGUAAGCUUGGGAAAGCUCCAACAAGAAUUUGGUCAAAAGCAAGGACAAACAUUAUAUCAUAUGUGCCGGGGAGAAGAUAAACGCGCUCUAAAGACGGACCACGUUCGAAAAUCUGUUUCGGCAGAUAUAAAUUAUGGAAUUCGUUUCGCAAAUGAUCAGGAAAUGCACAAAUUCGUUCAAGAACUGUCCAUUGAAGUGUCCAAACGAAUGGAAGAAAUUCACGUGAGAGGAAAACUGUUGACUUUGAAGCUCAAAAUCCGCGCCAAAGAUGCCCCUGUAGAAACAGCGAAAUUUAUGGGUCACGGAGUAUGUGAUAGCAUUUCUCGAUCCACAACAUUGUGUUCUGCCACUCGAGACACCAAAAUCGUCGAAAAAGAAGUUCAAAUCCUUUUAAAACAACUCAAAGUUGAUUGCUGCGAGUUGCGGGGAAUGGGCAUUCAGUUUAGUAAACUUGUAGAGGAUAACGUAUCCAAAGGCAAACAACCGAUACAGAACUCUCUUCUCAAUUUUGUAGCCCGCUCAAGGAUAGUGCCACCAGAAGAAGUUGUAACAACAGUGGCGGAUGUAACCGAACCGGAACGUGAAAUCCUGGAACCAACUAGUUUUAAAACAGUUGAUAAGGAGAAGAAAGAUGAUACAAGAGAAACACAACACCCACCUUCUCUCUUUGAACUUCCCUCAGCUUCUCAGAUUGAUUCUGCCGUCUUUAACGAGCUUCCUGACGAUUUAAAGAACGACAUUAUUCAAGAAUAUCAACGAAAAGGAAUCGCUUUAAGUGAAGUGAAUAGUUUUACAAUCAAACCUACAACAUCGUCAGCUGUGAAUGGCUCCUCGGUACCUACGCCGAACUCUGCUGGCACUUCCCGAUCAGAGAAUCCAGUAUCCUAUGACGGCAUUGAAGAAGUAGCGGACAUAGACGCCAGUUAUUGGUCAGCAUUGCCUGACGAUAUUAAAACGGAAAUUGAAAGAGACAUUCAACAACGCAAAGCCGAAUCCACCUCGCCGGUCAAAGGCUGGAAAAGUAUAUUCAAACCUCAACGAUCUCCUGCCAAAGCUACCAGCAAACUGGGAAGCGGGAAGACUAAAGCAGAAGUGAAGCGGAAGACGAAACCGAACGCCCCUUCUAAAGCAAAAAUUCAGCCUAUUGUUAGAGCUCCAAUUGCUGCUGUCCCGGAAGAGAAAAAGGAAGUUCAAGUUCAUCCUCCUGAAGUAUUGAAAGAAGAACUAGGGUUGAGUGGUGCAACUACUCUGCCUGAAAUUCGCCAGUUGUUGAUUGAAUGGUUUUCUUCAACUGAUGUACCUGAAAACGAAGACUGUGAAGCAGUCUCUAGUUUCCUCGCAAGUUUGGUGAAUAAUAAAGAAUUGCACAAGAUUGAGCCAAUCAUUCUUUUUCUAAAAAGAAGGGGGAGUGAUAUAAACGAUUCCUGGAAACGUGCGAUUGAGGAUAUUAUCAAUAAUACGCAACUCUAUGUGAUACAGCAUUACAAUGCUCCAUUAAAACUCCCGUCUCCGGUUUCUUAACUGAUCAUUAUUUUUUCUUGGUUAAAACAAAGAUUUC